UGUUUGGGAGCUGUGGAUGGAAAGCAUGUCGCCAUCACUGCACCUCCAAAUUCCGGCAGCCUAUAUUUCAACUACAAGGGCACCUUUUCCAUUGUGCUGAUGGCUGCCGUCGACAGCAAUUAUCAGUACACCAUAAUUGACGUUGGUGCUCAAGGUCGGCAGAGUGAUGGAGGAAUAUUGAAAAGCUCGGAAUUCGGGAAGGCACUGGCCAGUGGGACUCUCGGUGCACCUUCUGCAAGCUGCCUGCCUGGUACAAGAACUGUCGCACCCUAUGCCUUUGUUGGGGAUGAGGCAUUUCAAUUACGCAAGGAUUUCAUGAGACCCUUCCCGGCAAAGCAGCUCACUGAUGAAAGGAGGGUCUUCAAUUACAGGCUGAGCAGAGCAAGAAGGUGUGCCGAGAAUGCCUUUGGGAUUACAGCAGCAAGGUGGAGGGUGCUCCUACGCACAAUAAACCUCCAUCCGACUAACGUCGAUUCUAUCAUCAAAGCAGCCUGCAUCCUGCACAACUUCAUAAUGAAGUUAAAUGCACAGAGGCAUGGAUACGUGGACAGAGAAGAUAGCUUUGGAAAUGUUAUACCAGGCCACUGGCGGCAAAGUGUGGGAGGAGAUGCUCAGGAUGGAUCACAACCAUAUUUUUCGCUUGCUUCUACACAUGCUCGAAAUUUCCACACACAGGCAGCAGAUGCGCGAAACAUCUUCACUGCCUACUUCUGCAGCACAUUUGGGGAAGUUGCUUGGCAGUGGCAACAGCCGGGCGUGUCAAAAGAUGUUGCUUUAAAGCAUCUACAGGAGCAGCAGCUUUUGCCACUUGUAGCAGCAGGAUUCCUCACCUUUGAGAUGCUCUCUGAUGAAGCUGAUGUUCUCUAUGUAGUAUUGGUUGCUUUCAUCUCAAACAGGCACAACCACUUGUCCACAGAAGCAUCAUCUUUGGUGUACUUGGUCAGGUCGAUCUUCUUAGGUGUGCUCAUGGUGCUGUUGAGGUAG